CUUCGAGUUUAAAGUGGCCCUGAGGCAGGUCCCGUCCUCGGUCUUUCUGCAGUGGGGUCGUGCAGACACCUCCUAUCGCGGAAUUUUCCUUCUCAAAACCCUUCCUGACCUGUCCUCCCGCCUCGCGCUGUUUCAAGUCCUCACCCGCGAGCUGGAUUCCAGCCCUGGGCGCCUCCCACCGUCGCUGUCGUCGGCUUCAGGAGCGCCGCGACUCAACCCCAGUUCCCGGGAGGCCGCGUCCUCUGCCUGGUCCUAAGAUCCUGCAGACGCCACCCCUGUCCGAAGGCGCCGUCGCUCCCCACCUCCCUCCUUGUGCGGGGCCCUGUUGCUACCUAGUUCCAACUCCUGGAAAACGAAUAUAUGCAAUCAAGAAAGCACUCCACAGAGGGGAGUGGGCCCGAGCCAGCGUCUCCAGGGCCCCGUUUAGAAAGUUUUGGGGGGUUAAAGUAUUUAUUUUGAGGUCCCUAUGGGCUACCCCUUAUCUGGAUGAAGGAUUUGGCCCUUGGCCAACGAAAUGCUGAGGUGAAUUGGCCCGAGGCCAGAGCAGAUGGGUGCCCUAUGCAGAUGAAGGUGUGGCCGGUGCUUGGCCGUGGCCACUCCUGGGCUCUUCCCCUUUCUGAGAGGUGGUGGAAGGGGGAGGGCGGUAGGGAGAGCGGCCUUUGAUCCUUUGUUACUCCGGAUGGGGAGAUGGGGUUUUUCCUUUUUGUCUAGUUUUAGAAAGUUCGCCUUAAUUGGCCUUAGAUUCGCUGCCCCCAGACCCAGGACCCAGGUAUUUCUUUUUUAUUCUUUUUUAUUGGAGAUGGGGUCUCACUCUGUUCCCCAGGCGGGAGAGCGGUGACAGGAUCACAGCUCACUGCAUCAUCAACAUCCUAUGCUCAAGCUAUCCUGUCACCUCAGCCUCCAGAGUAGCUGGGACCACAGCCGCGCGCCACCACACCGCGCUAAUUUGUGUGUACUUGGUAGAGACGGGCUUUUGCCUUGUUGCUCAGGCUGGUCUCCAACUCCAGGGCUCAAGCGAUCCAGCUGUAUCGCCCUCCCAAAAUGCUGGAAUUACAGGCAUGAGCCACCAUGCCCGCCUUGUUUCUUAAUUAAAAAAUAAAUAAAUAAAAAUAAAGGCCGUGUGCAAUGGCUCAUGCCUGUAAUCCCAGCACUUUGGGAGGCCAAGGCGGGCAGAUCACCUGAGGUCAGGAGUUCGAGACCAGCCUAGUCAACAUGGCGAAAUCUCGUGUCGAAUAAAAUAGAGAAAUUAGCCAGGUGUGAUGUCGGGCGCCUGUAAUCCCAGCUACUCAGGAGGCUGAGGCAGCAGAAUCCCUUGGACAGGGAGGGGGAGGUUGCAGUGAGGUGAGAUCAUGCCACUGCACUCCAGCCUGGGGUGACAGAGCGAGACUCCGUCUGAAAAAAGUAAAAUAACUACUUUUCAAAUAAGCUUUGGUAGAAUCUUAUGAGCUCACAUCAUUGUUUUCCAACUAUGAUAUGAGUUCAAAAUUUUCUUCUUUGACCCUACAUUUUAUUAGAUAUAUACAUUUUUAGAUGUAUAUAUUUUUAACCAUUUUAAAAGUUUCUCUAUGAAAUUUGUUGUGUUCAGUUUACAUAGAGGACUGCAUGCUUUCUAGUCUGUAUCAUAUAUUGGAAGCAUUUACUAGUACCUGAUAAAUGAUUUUAGGUUGUUUCUUUUUUUCUUUCUUACUUUUUUUUGAGACAAAGUCUCCCUUCUACCCCCAGGCUGGAGUGUGAUGGCACGAUCUCGGCUCACUGCAACCUCCGUCUUUUGGGUUCAAGCUCUUCUCCUGCCUCAGCCCCCAAGUAGCUGGGAUUACAGGCGCCUGCCACCACGCCUGGCUAAUUUUUGUAUUUCUAGUGGAGACGGGGUUUCACCACGUUGGCCAGGCUGGUCUUGAACUCCUGACCUCAGGUGAUCCGCCCACCUCAGCCUCAGAAAGUGCUGGGAUUACAGGUGUGAGCCACCGUGCCUGGCCAAUUUUAGGUUGUUUCAAUGUGUACUUUAUAAAGAUAUCAAGGACCUAUUUUGUUUGUUUGUUUUGAGAUGGAGUUUUGCUCUUAUUGCCCAGGCUGGAGUGCAAUGGCGCGAUCUUGGCUCACCACACCCUCUACCUCCCGUAUUCAAGUGAUUCUCCUACCUCAGCCUCCAGAGUAGCUGGGAUUACAGGAUUGACUUCUAAAGACUCUUGGUACCUGAGGAAGAAACCCAGAAGAGGAAAGCAAAGGAGUCAGGGAUGGCUCUUUCUCAGGGUCUGUUGACAUUCAGGGAUGUGGCCAUAGAAUUCUCUCAGGAGGAGUGGAAAUGCCUGGGCCCUGCUCAGAGGACUCUAUACAGAGACGUGAUGCUGGAGAAUUAUAGGAACCUGGUCUCCCUGGAUAUCUCUUCCAAAUGCAUGAUGAGGACAUUGUCAUCAACAGGGCAAGGCAAUACAGAAGUGAUCCACACAGGGACAUUGCAAAGACAAGCAAGUUAUCACAUUGGAGCAUUUUGCUCCCAGGAAAUUGAGAAAGACAUUCAUGACUUUGUGUUUCAGUGGCAAGAAGAUGAAACAAAUGACCAUGAAGCACCCAUGACAGAAAUAAAAAAGUUGACUAGUAGUACAGACCGAUAUGAUAAAAGGCAUGCUGGAAACAAGCCUAUUAAAGGUCAGCUUGAAUCAAGAUUUCAUUUGCAUUUGCGAAGACAUAGGAGAAUUCAUACUGGAGAGAAACCUUACAAAUGUGAAGAAUGUGAGAAAGUUUUCAGUUGCAAAUCACAUCUUGAAAUACAUAGGAUAAUUCAUACUGGAGAGAAACCAUACAAAUGUAAGGUUUGUGACAAGGCUUUUAAGCAUGAUUCACACCUGGCACAACAUACUAGAAUUCACAGGGGAGACAAACAUUACACAUGUAAUGAAUGUGGCAAGGUUUUUGAUCAAAAAGCAACCCUUGCAUGUCAUCAUAGAAGUCAUACUGGAGAGAAACCUUAUAAGUGUAAUGAGUGUGGCAAGACCUUUAGUCAGACAUCACACCUUGUGUACCAUCAUAGACUGCAUACUGGAGAGAAACCUUACAAAUGUAAUGAGUGUGGCAAGACCUUCGCUCGAAAUUCAGUCCUCGUAAUUCAUAAGGCAGUUCAUACUGCAGAGAAACCCUAUAAGUGUAAUGAAUGUGGCAAGGUUUUUAAGCAACGAGCAACUCUUGCAGGACAUCGUAGAGUUCACACUGGAGAGAAACCUUACAGAUGUGAAGAAUGCGACAAAGUUUUCAGUCGCAAAUCACAUCUUGAAAGACAUAGGAGGAUUCAUACUGGAGAGAAACCAUACAAAUGUAAGGUUUGUGACAAGGCUUUCCGGAGUGAUUCACGCCUUGCAGAACAUCAGAGAGUUCAUACUGGAGAGAGACCUUACACAUGUAAUGAAUGUGGCAAGGUUUUUAGUACAAAAGCAUACGUUGCAUGUCAUCAAAAACUUCAUACUGGAGAGAAACUUUACGAAUGUGAAGAAUGUGACAAAGUUUACAUUCGCAAAUCACACCUUGAAAGACAUAGGAGGAUUCAUACAGGAGAGAAACCUCACAAGUGUGGUGAUUGUGGUAAAGCCUUUAAUUCACCUUCACACCUUAUUAGGCAUCAGAGAAUCCAUACUGGACAGAAAUCUUACAAAUGUCAUCAGUGUGGCAAGGUCUUUAGUCUGAGGUCACUCCUUGCAGAACAUCAGAAAAUUCCUUUUGGAGACAAUUGUUUCAAGUGCAAUGAGUAUAGCAAACCAUCAAGCAUUAAUUGACAUUAGAGUCAAAUCAGCAUUGACCUGAGUUUGAGUUGACUUAACAUUGAUUUCAAGCAUUAAUCGACAUUAAACUGUUUAUGUUAAGAGGAUUGGGCCAGGCGUGGUGUCUCACACCUGUAAUCCCAGCACUUUGAGAGGCCAAGACAGGUAGGUCACUUGAGGUCAUGAAUUUGAGACCAGCCUGGCCAACAGACGGGAGCCACUUUUCCCAGCCUGUAUGUUCUUUUAUUUAUUUAUUUAUUUUUAAGAUGGAAUCUUGCUCUGUCGCCCAUGUUGGAGUGCAGUGAUGUGAUCUCGGUUCACUGCAACAUUCACCUCCCAGGUUCAUGCAAUUCUCCUGCCUCAGUCUCCUGAGUAGCUGGGACUACAGGUGUGUGCCACCAUGCCUGGGUAAUUUUUUGUAUUUUUAGUAGAGACUGGGUUUCACCGUGUUAGCUAGGAUGGUCUCGAUCUUCUGUCCUUAAAAUCCACCUGCCUCCACCUGCCAAAGUGCUGAGAUUACAGGUGUGAGCCACCACACCUGGCCUGUUUUUUGUUUCUUUAACAAAAAGUUAUAGAAAUUUAUCUGGGUAUUGUGUUGAAUCUACAUCACAUUCGGUUAUAUAAUCAUUUAGCAAUAUUAUUCCAUUCAAUAUGGCUUGUAUCUCUUAUUUGCACGUUUUUAAUUACUUUGAUCAAUGUUUGUAGAUUUGAAGGUAGAAACUUCUCAACUUUUUUCAUUUAUUCCUAAGUAUUUCUUACUUUAAGUUCUUUAGCAAAUGAAAGUGUUUUUUUAAUUUUCAUUUUAAAUUGUUUAUUGUUAAUGUAUGGAAAUUCAACUAAUUUUUGGUGCUGUUAUUCUAUUCUGCAAAUCCACUGCAUAUGUUUAUUAGUUCCAGUUGCAUUUUGGUUGACUCUUUGUGAUUUUCUACACAGAAGAUCAUGUCAUCUACAAAGAAAUAGAGUUUUACUUCUUUCUUUCUGAUUUGGAUGAGUUUGAUUUCUUUUGCUAUUUCAUUGCUCUAGCUAGGACAGCCAGUAUUGAUUGAAUAGAAGGGGUGAGAGCAGUCUUGCAUCAUGUGAGAUCCUACAGGAAAAGCAUUCCAUUUUCCCUGAUUGGUUAUUUCUGCUGUGGUCAUUUCAUGGAUGGUCUUUGUAUUGUUGAGGUAAAUUUCCUUCUCUUUCUAUUUUGUUUAGGAUUUCCAUGAUGACUGGAUGUUGAAUUUUGUGAAAUGCUUUUUCUACAUGUAUUGAGAUGAUGUGGUUUUCAUCUUUCAUUAUGUUCAAGUGGUAUAUCACAUUGAUUUGCUUGACCAUGUUGAACCAUUUUGCAUCCCAGAAAUAAGUGGCACUUGCAUAUCAACAAUCCUUUUUAUAACCUCUUGAAUACAGUUCGCUAGUACAAGGGGUCUUCAGGAAGUUCAUGGAAAAAUACGUAUUAUGAGAAAAUUGUGCAUGAUAUCACAUUUUUUGCACCAAGAUAAACUGGUACAAAUCCAUUAUAACAUGUCUGAACAGGGUUUGGUUUGAGGCACUCAGAAGGGUAAGACAUGAGUUUGAAAAGAGACUCAAUCAAGGCAAUGUAAAUUCUGCUAAAACUGAAACAAGAAGAAAUAUCAAAUUUGCAAUGAGACCAGAUGCUGUGGCUCAGGCCUGUAAUCCCAGCACUUUCAGAGGCUGAGACAGUUGGGUCAUGUGGGCCCCGGUACUCAAGACCAGCCUGGGCAGAAUGGUGAAACCACCUUCUCUACAAAAAAUACAUAAAUUAGCUGGGCAUCGUGGCACAUGUCUGCUGGUUCAGCUUCUGUGGAGUCUGCAGUGGGAGGAUGGCUUGAGCCUAGGAGUUCGAGGCUGCAGGGAGCCAUGAUCAUGCCAUUGUACUCCAGCAUGGGUGACAGAGACAGAUAGUGUAUCAAAAAAUGAAUCUGGUAAAGUUUGGAUAGAGGGACAAUGAAAUCAUUGAUGCUUUAUGAAAAGGUUAUGGGGACGAUUCCCAAAAUAAAUCACCAGUUUGUAAAUGGAAAACUUAUUUUAAGUUGGGACAAGAUGAUGUUGAAAGUGAUGCACAGGACAGGUGUGGUGGCUCACACCUGUAAUCCCAGCACUUUGGGAGGCCGAGGCAAGAGCAUCACGAGGUCAGGAGAUCGAGAACAUCCUGGCUACCACGGUGAAACCCCGUCUCUACUAAAAAUACAAAAAAUUAGCCAGGCGUCGUUGUGGGGGCCUGUAGUCCCAGAUACUCAGGAGGCUGAGGCAGGAGAAUGGCAUGAACCCAGGAGGUGGAGCUUGCCAUGAGCAGAGAUCAUGCUACUGCACUCCAGCCUGGGCGACAGGGCGAGACUCCAUCUCAAAAGAAAAAAAAAAAAAAAAAAAGAAAGUGAUGCACAGAGUGGCAGGCAGACCAUCCACAUCAGUUUUAUAGGUACAACUGUCAAAGAAGACAUUGGAGAAGAGCCAAGCUGGAUCUAUAAGGAAUUGCACAUGAGAUGGCACACAUAUUCAUGCUGUCUGAAGAUUCAGUCACGUUACCAUAUCAAGCUGAAAAUGUCACCACUAUCUGGAGAGUUGGACAUGUUUUAUUGAGAAUGUAUUUUUUCUCUCUGGAUCUGUUAUGAACACAUUUGUUGGCUUGGUUCAGUAAUAAAUAUGUGAGACUUUUCAUUUAAAAAAAGUCAAAUGACUUAAUUCUGUAUUUUAAAUUAUGUUUUGUUUGUUUUGUUUUUUUAGAUGGAGUCUUCUGAAAAUUUUCUCAUCUUCUCUAACCCGGUUCAUGACAGACCCUUGGACUUUACUGUUGUGGAAAAAUCUAUAUAAAACAGUAUCAGAGUGUCAAAGCAUUAUGGCUGUCACAAGCUUGUGAAAGGAAAAUAAAAAUUAGUAAGCCAAAGAGAAAA